AGGCUGGAGGCUGAAGGUGGAGAUAGAGAGAGUGUGUGUGUGUGUGUGUGUAUAAAUGUGUGUAAAUGUGUGUAAAUGUGUGUAAAUGUGUGUGAGAGAGCUGAAUGAACUGCGGCUCUAGAACAGUAUUAUUACUCUGAUACACUGAGAGCUGCAGGUAGUAACGCGUCCUCAUCUCACUGCGCGGAUUGAUAUUCAGCCUGUAAAGCGGUUCAGCUCUGACACACCGGUACAGUUCAGCUCGAGCGCCGCUCUCAUCCCUCUGUCUCACCAUGGCAGGUGCCGGAGGCGGAGGCAAUGACGUGCAGUGGUGCUUCUCUCAAGUCAAAGGGGCGAUCGAUGAUGACGUAGCUGAAGCCGAUAUCAUCUCCACCGUGGAGUUCAACCACUCAGGGGAGCUGUUAGCCACUGGAGACAAAGGUGGCCGCGUCGUCAUCUUCCAGCAAGACACUGAGAACAAAAGCCAGCCGCAUUGCCGCAGCGAGUACAACGUUUACAGCACCUUCCAGAGCCACGAACCUGAAUUCGACUACCUGAAGAGUCUGGAGAUCGAGGAGAAGAUCAACAAGAUCCGCUGGCUGCCACAGAAAAACGCCGCACAGUUUUUGCUGUCUACGAACGAUAAAACUAUAAAACUGUGGAAGAUUAGCGAACGUGAUAAAAGACCAGAGGGCUACAACCUCAAAGAGGAGGACGGACGCUGCAGAGACUCCACCACCAUUACCACCCUACGGGUGCCGGUGUUCAGGCCCAUGGACCUGAUGGUGGAGGCGAGUCCCCGCCGCGUUUUCGCCAACGCUCACACGUACCACAUCAACUCCAUCUCGGUGAACAGCGACGACGAGACGUACCUGUCCGCCGACGACCUGCGCAUCAACCUGUGGCACUUGGAGAUCACCGAUCGCAGCUUCAACAUUGUGGACAUCAAGCCGGCCAACAUGGAGGAGCUGACGGAGGUGAUCACGGCGGCCGAGUUCCACCCGCACGAGUGCAACACCUUCGUCUACAGCAGCAGCAAAGGAACCAUUCGCAUGUGUGACAUGCGCGCCUCCGCCCUCUGCGACAAGCACUCCAAACUAUUUGAAGAGCCAGAAGAUCCCAGCAACCGCUCCUUCUUCUCAGAAAUCAUCUCUUCCAUCUCUGACGUGAAGUUCAGCCACAGCGGCCGCUACAUGAUGACCCGCGAUUAUCUGUCUAUUAAAAUCUGGGACCUUAACAUGGAGAACCGGCCAGUGGAGACGUACCAGGUGCAUGAAUACCUCAGGAGUAAGCUGUGCUCGCUUUAUGAAAACGACUGCAUCUUCGACAAGUUCGAGUGCUGCUGGAGUGGAAACGACAGCGUGGUGAUGACCGGCUCGUACAACAACUUCUUCCGCAUGCUGGAGCGCACGCAGAGGCGCGACGUGACCCUGGAGGCGUGCCGCGAGAGCUGCAAGCCCCGGCAGGUGCUGAAGCCCCGGCGCGUGUGCGCCGGCGGGAAGAGGAAGAAGGACGAGAUCAGCGUGGACAGCCUGGACUUCAACAAGAAGAUCCUGCACACGGCCUGGCAUCCGAACGCCAACAUCAUCGCCGUGGCCACCACCAACAACCUCUACAUCUUCCAGGAGAAAGGCAACUAAGCACCUCUCGCGGCUCAGCGCGUGCGAGAGAGGGAGGUUAACCUGAGAAUGGUUACAAGAUGAACUAGAAGUAAUAGUUUCUGUGAGAACAUCACCACUACUGUUAUCAUCAUCAUCAUCAUCAUCAUCAGGACGAGCAGAACGGGGGCAACACGGUGUACCGGGUCAGUCGGGAAUGGGCAGUGUAACAUGCCGUCCAUACCUGCAGCCCUGUUUCCCGUGAGGUCUGGCAGCAGGGAGACGUGGGUUGCAGGUUCGGCUGUAUUGUUGUUUGUUUAUUUCUUUUUUUUGUACUCAUUUGUAUACAGAUUUUGAUCUAAGCAUGUGCUGAUGAAUUACAUUUCACACUAUUAUGUAUUUUCCCAUUUAGUAAAAGCACAGGUCUUUAAAUUUUCAUUUCUGGAUCAAUUCGAAGACAACCUCACACUUCUGGUUGAUUCCAAAAUUCAUACUGCAUAGAUUUAUAAACAAAAGUCAUCGUUAUAUCGGCACAUGCCUAGUUUGAAGCUCGUUUCUUUAUAUUAUUUUCUACACAUUUUGUGCCAUUGCAGCUGUUUUUGUUUGUUUUUUUAUCUUUUCAAUGAAAUUGCCAAGUUGUCCAGGUAGUUUUAAUUCUGUUUAAAGAAUUUUGAUCCUUAUUUUGCUCAAUAAAUUUGUUUCGUCAGUACUGUCCUUUAAACCUCACGUCCAUUCGACUGUUCAUUCCCGAAACACACGACAUUUACACGCGGCGGCCGGCGGUCCGAGGGCAGACGGGACCGUGGCCGCAGUAUUGUAGUAGUGUCUGAUUUGUUUGCCGCCGUCUGUUUGUUUCAGGGGUGUUUACACACUUAUCUUACUGCUGACUGGUGAGAAAACUCUGCUGCCCUUACUGUAUUUUCUGUUUCCAUCUCUCUAUCUCAGUGCAAAUUGAGAGAUUGUAGAGAUUAUGACGAUGAAAAAUGGUAUUUAUAAACUGAACAAACAUUA